CGGCUGCUCUUCUGGUUGUCAUAGAAACAGCCUGAGCUGUUGGCCUCUAGAAAACAUAAAAGAACAGCAAAUGCAAGACCACACAUUCCACCCAGCCUUGUAGAUUAACCAGCCUGUCAAACAAGAGCAAAGCAUCAGUGGGUAGAUAAAGUCUAUAAAGGGGACAGCCACACAGUAAAGAGCCUCAUAGACUAAACCUAGAAAUACUCCCAGUGCCUUCUGAGCCUCCCUGAUGCCUCAUGAUCAUAUUCCAGGUUUCCAGCUCCUCCAGACUUUCACAGGGGGUGUCUCCUGCUUGUUGAGUUGUGACCCUUACCCUUCUAACAGCCCCUCCACAGCACCAAUAAUGAUUCAAAAGAUGCAUCUAAGGGUAAUGGCAAAUGAUAAGAAUCACUGAGUAAAAGAUGACAAGAUGCCUGGAAACGUGAUGUCAGUAUCCUGCCAUAAGCACCAUUUCCUUUUGGUUGGCUUUCUUGGUUUCUGUCUUAACAGUUUUGUGAGAGGUCAGAAGAACAACACUCUGAUUUUCACCAAGGAAAAUAAAAUUCGCAACUGCAGCUGUUCUGCUGAUAUCCAUGACUGUGACUACAACUUGGCAAACCUCAUGUGCAGUUGCAAAACCAUCUUGCCUUAUACAAUAGACAGAGCCAGCUACCACAGUGACCUAACAAUUUGGUUCACAGAUACGACCGUGCUUGGAAUGCUGUUGAACUUUACAGUGGUGCACUACCUGAAGCUUUCACUCUGUGGCUCCACUCCUCUACCAAGAGAAUACCUGGCCAUUUUGGGAUUGCGAAAGCUGCAAAUAAACAGUGUGGUUAAGGGCCAGUUUCUAGAGCAAAAUUUAACAAUCUACAAUAGCAGCGACAAUGAGAUGAAAGACAAACCGAAGGUGCUACACAAAGACAGGCAAAUGUUUUUGUAUAUUUCUGUCUUGGAUACAUCUCUUUUCAACAGGUAUUCUUUACUGAAGUCCUACAGUGUGGAAAAUGUCUCCAGCAUUACAGACCACUUUCCAAGUCUGCCAUAUUCUGAUAUAUUUUCAACUACUAAUAACAAAAGCUACAUUGUAACAUUCAUUUACUGAGACAUGUUCAACAACUUCAGCAGUACAGUAAGGGGGCACGUUAACCUGUCAAUAGAACAAGAUAUUGAACUUUUGCAAGUCUGUUUUGUUUGACUCAGAAAGGAAAGUAAGUGUUGGUCAGUUCUUACUGCACUCAAAACGACACUACUCACAAAGUGUGGGAUUCAAAAUAGUUUGAACACAGAGAAUUAAUUCUGUAACCUGUUUCUUAGAGAACAGAGAAAAUGUGUAAUCAAUUUUAAAAGUGAUGUAACUAAGUUUUCAUAAUGACUUAAUUAUUGUAUGGUAAACAUUGAAAUACGUUGAUUAAUUUUGUUAUGAAAUGUGCAUUACUUGGGUAUAUGAAAACAUGACAAUGUACCUUUGGGUAUGGAACUACCUAAUAAUAAUAACCCAUCUGUAAUGUGUUUUUACACAUUCUGCUAGAUCAGGGGUCGGCAACGUUUGGCACGCGG